AUGGUGUACUUUCUCAUCUUUCUGCUGCUAGCCCUCAACGAGUUUGUAGUUGCCAAAGAUGUCGUCUAUGACUUCAAUGUCACCUGGGUGGUGGCCAACCCGGACGGCCUGGCGGACCGCAAGGUCGUGGGCAUCAAUGGACAAUGGCCACUGCCGGUCAUUGAGGUCGACAAGGGCGACCGAUUGAUUGUCAAGGUGUACAAUGGCCUGGGCGACAAGGGUACGAGCAUCCAUUUUCAUGGCAUGUUUCAAAAUGAGACGAAUGAGAUGGAUGGACCUUCGAUGGUGACUCAAUGUCCCAUUCCGCCCGGGUCGAGCUUUACAUAUAACUUUACAGUCAACCAGAACGGCACAUACUGGUAUCACUGCCAUACAGAUUUCUGUUAUCCCGACGGUUACCGCCAAGCGCUCAUUGUCCACGACAACACAUCGUAUUUCGCCGACCAGUAUGAAGAGGAGUUUUCUAUCACCUUGUCAGACUGGUACCACGAAAUGAUGGAGGACCUCAAGCCCAAGUUCAUGAGCUUGUACAACCCAACGGGAGCCGAACCGAUCCCCAAUUCCCUCUUGUUCAACGACACUGCUCAUGGCAUCAACCUCCCCGUCAAGCCUAAUACGACGUAUUUGCUCCGGUUGAUAAACAUCGGUGCUUUCGUCGCACAAUACUUCUACAUCGAAGAUCACACCAUGACAAUCGUCGAGAUUGAUGGCGUCUACACCGAGCCUGCCGAGGCCGAUAUCCUAUACAUCGCAGCCGCACAGCGUUAUUCAGUGUUGCUCACAACGAAGAACACGACUGACAAGAAUUACCCGAUCGUCACUUUGGCUGAUUCGGAGUUGCUUGACACUAUACCCUCGAAUCUACGACUCAAUUAUACCAAUUGGCUGCAAUAUGAUGCUUCCGCGGACCAUCCACAAGCCAACAUUGCGGUCAAGGAGUCGUCAGAUCUUGUCCCUCACGAUGACCUCACACUUGUUCCCCACGACCAUAUGCCAUUGCUAGAGAACCCGGCGCGGUCAAUCCAACUAGAUGUGAUCAUGGAAAAUCUCGAUGAUGGCCGCAGCUACGCCUUCCUCAACAAUAUCAGUUACACACCGCCCAAGGUGCCCACACUAUACACUGUUUUGUCUGCAGGAGAUCAGGCAACCAAUCCAACCGUCUAUGGCGAGUUCACACACUCGAUGGUACUAGAGCACAAUGAGGUAGUCGAGAUCAUCCUGAACAACAUGGAUAAAGGCUCGCAUCCAUUCCACUUGCACGGCCACAACUUUCAGAUGUUGGCGCGCUAUCCCGGUUACGGCGCUGACUAUUUUGAGUUGGCUGACGGUGACCCCGUGCCUUACGAUGCAUCAAACCACUCCGAGUUCCCUACAUACCCACCAAGGCGAGAUGUAUUCGUUCUCCCGCCUCACGGACACUUUGUAAUCCGCUUCAAGGCCGAUAACCCCGGUGUGUGGAUCUUCCACUGCCACAUCGACUGGCAUCUCGCCCAAGGCUUAGGAAUGUUAUUCAUUGAAGCCCCAGCACAAAUUCAGCAAGAGAUCACUAUUCCACCCGACCACCUCGCCGCAUGUAGUGCCGCCGGUAUUCAAACAGAGGGCAAUGCGGCAGGUAACACGAAGGAUUAUACCGACCUCACAGGCCAAAAUAUGCAGCCAGGCUGGAUUCCCGGUGGAUUCACGACGCGGGGUAUCGUUUCGAUGGUGUUUACAGUGUUGUCAGCUGUGCUGGGAAUGGCAUCGAUCGUGUUGUACGGUCUGUCGGAUCUCAAGUUUGCUAAGAAGAGUAAUGCAAGUCCCACAUCGAGUGAGCAGGGUGGAAACGAGGAGUAUCGUGAUUGA